AUGACAUAUAAACUCCCCACCAGAGAGAUUGAACCCGCUCGACUUGCCUCGUCCCGGUCUCACCAAAUUCCCGGAAAACUCAUAGUGACCGAAUUGUUCUUUGACGUACCGCUUGAUCAUCUCGAUCCAGGACGGGAACGCAUACGGAUAUUCUGCAGAAGCGCAAGGAAGUUGGAUAGACCUGCUGCCGCGAGAUCGAGUGGCAGUGAAGAUGAGCCACCAUGGUUCGUUUUCAUCACCGGGGGACCAGGCUUCGGCUCCCCACCGCCGCAGAAUAUGAUGAGGCUGACGACCGAAGUAUUGGAGAGAGGUUACCAGCUUCUCUGCUUGGAUCAUCGCGGUAUGGGCCUGUCCACGCCCGCUACAGCAGCUACCAUCACCGCGAAAGGAACGCCAGAAGAUCAAGCGGCGUAUCUCAAAUAUUUCAGAGCCGACAAUGCGGUCAGAGAUCUCGAGGCUAUCCGCAAAUGCCUGACGACGUCGUACCCCGAGCACAAAAAGAAAUGGACGAUCUUGGGCACCAGCUACGGCGGCUAUCUGUGUCUCACCUAUCUCAGCUUCCACUCUGAAGGACUCCGCGAAGUCUUCAUAUCAGCCGGCGCAGGACCUGUCUCCCAAUCGGUGCCUGACGAGCCGAUUCGGAGACUGUUCAAGAAAGUCAAAGAGAGGAAUGGGAAGUACUACGCAAAGUAUCCCGAGGACAAAGCCAACGUAUACAACGUCUUGGAGUUUAUCUCCCACAGCAACAAUAACAUCCUCCUGCCGUCAGGAGACGCGUUGACCGUGAACCGAUUUCUCGAGAUGGGCCUCUUCUUCGGCUUCCACGGAGGCCUCGAUCAAGUCCACCACAUCGUGCUCCGAGCUGUCAACGACAUCGAGCUUUUCGGAUAUCUCACACGACCUACAUUGUCAGAAAUCGAGAAUAUGUCAUGGUUCAACAACCAGCCCUUAUACGCCCUCCUGCACGGAUCUGUCUAUGCUCAGAAGAAUGCGCCGAAUUGGGUCUUUGAUCGAAUCUCCAAGGAGUUCCCUGAUUUUCGCUCCGGUCUUCAUCCCGACGGAACACUCUUCACAGGCGAGAUGGUAUUUCGCAGCGCGUUUGAAAACUACGGAGAGCUGAAAUCUCUGGGAGCUGCGGCGGAACUGCUUGAGAAGAACACCGAGUGGCCGCCACUGUAUGAUCUUGAGCAGUUGCAAAGGAACGAAGUGCCCGUCUAUGCGGCGAUUUUCGUGGACGAUAUGUACGUGGACUUUGAGUUCUCCAGGGAGACUGCAGCGAUGGUCCGAGGUUGCAAGUCUUUUAUCACUAAUAGCCUCUAUCACGACGCGAUUCGUAGCAGGUGUGAAGAACUGCUCAAGCGUCUCUUCGCUUUGAGGGAUGAUACGUUGGAUUGA